GAGCCCACUGUGAACCGUCGGUUGAAGAGGGUAGUACAGCUUUAUUAUCUUAGACUAUGAAAUUGCCCAUAAUUGACAAGAAGAGCACCUAUAUUUGGGCCAUCUUUUAAACCCAUUACCUAACAACAGGACACAUGUUUUUAAUUCCUUCACGUACGCGAUGUGACCAUACCUCUCCUUCAUUCAUUGCGAAUCGUACAUCUGUAGAGAUCCAGAAAGCCAACAGCCUGCGUUUUUGCAUGCUUGAGAUCUCCCCCUAUAAAUAGUGGCCAGCAGCAGGUGGUUUUUCAACACAACACAACCAGAAUAGAACUUGUUCAAGCAAAUUGGAUCAAAAAAUGCAGGCCAAGGCUCCCACUUAUGACGACAAGCUGAUUCAACACUAUGUUCCAACUUUCGUCAUGCUCCCAUUGGGAGUAGUUACCGCUGAGAAUGUGUUUGAGAACAAGGAUAAGCUGGAGAAGCAACUGAAGGAGCUCAAGGCCGCGGCGGGGAUCGACGGGGUCAUGGUGGAUGUAUGGUGGGGGAUCAUCGAAGCCAAAGGCCCCAAGCAAUACGACUGGAGCGGUUACAGGGAGCUGUUCCUGCUGCUCAAGGAGCUGGACCUCAAAAUCCAAGCCAUCAUGUCGUUUCAUCAGUGUGGUGGCAAUGUUGGAGACAAUGUCUUCAUCCCUCUUCCUCCAUGGGUGCUCAAAGUUGGGGAGACGAACCCUGAUAUCUUCUACACCAACAGGAGUGGUGUAAGGAACAAGGAGUAUCUCUCCCUUGGCGUGGAUCACAUGCCCCUUUUCGCUGGCCGCACCCCUGUACAGAUUUAUGGUGAUUACAUGAAGAGCUUCAGGGAGAGCAUGGCGGAUUUCUUUGAAUUGGGGCUGAUAAUCGACAUUGAAGUUGGGCUUGGUCCUGCUGGGGAGCUCAGAUACCCUUCUUACCCUGAAACACAAGGAUGGGUUUUCCCUGGGAUUGGAGAAUUUCAGUGCUAUGACAAGUACCUGGCAGCAGAUUUCAAAGCUGCUGCAGCAAAAGCAGGGCACCCUGAGUGGGAAUUGCCUGAUGAUGCAGGGGAAUACAACAAUACACCUGACCAAACACCCUUCUUCAGAUCGAACAACGGCACUUACCUCGCCGAGAAGGGCAAGUUUUUCCUAACCUGGUACUCCACCAAGUUGCUGCUCCAUGGCGACGACAUCAUCGAUGAAGCCAACAAGGCCUUCCUGGGCUGCAAGGUCAAAUUGGCAGCUAAGGUUUCAGGAAUCCACUGGUGGUACACUGAUCCAAGCCACGCCGCGGAGCUCACAGCAGGCUACUACAACUUGCCCGAUCGAGAUGGAUACCGUCCUGUCGCAAGGAUGCUGUCUAGGCACUAUGGGGUUCUCAACUUCACUUGCCUGGAAAUGAGGAACUCCGAGCAGUCUGCUGAUGCCAAAAGUGCACCUCAGGAACUCGUUCAGAUGGUAUUGAGCGACGGAUGGAAGGAAGGGAUCGAGGUGGCGGGAGAGAAUGCCCUGGCCAGGUACGACGCAAAUGGCUACAAUCAGAUCCUUCUCAACGCGAGGCCUAAUGGCGUCCGACCGGCCAAGGAAGGAGAGAAGAAGCUGAGGAUGUAUGGUGUCACAAUCCUUCGGUUGACGGAUGAUCUUAUGAUUCCUAACAACUUUGAUUUGUUCAAGAAGUUCGUCAGGAAAAUGCAUGCUGAUCAGGAAUACUGUGGGGAAGUGAGCAAGUACGGGCAUGAGAUUGGGGCACUGAAGCGAUCGAAGCCAAAGGCGAGGCUGGAAGAGCAGUUGGUGGAGGCUACGAAGCCAUCGCCGGCGUUCCCUUGGGAUGGCGAAACCGAUAUGCCGGUGGCAUGAUUAAUAAGACUACUGAAGAAAGUUGUGUCUCUAUGUUUUGGACCGAUCACUGUGGCAAGGCUGGAAUGAUUGAUCAAUUUGAAACGCCCUAUUGUUUGGGUUGUCAAUUUCAUCAAUUGUAUUAUUAAAUAAAGGCCAGAGACCAUGGUCCACAUAAUAAAAUGAGCUUUUUAUUAUUAUAGCUCUAAGACGUCUAGCUUGAUUAUGUGAUAUUUUGAAUCAAAAUGUUGUAUUGUUUUGGUAUGUGGCAUAUUAUUUUUUAUGUCUGUUUGGAAUGUGGUAAUUGAGUCUAAUUGUCUUGUUUAAUAAAACAUUUACAUGUUUUCAUAUUUCACCACUUAAAUAAAGUAAAGAUGAGUGA